CAUUAGGCCAGGGCCAGGGUCGCCAUCCCUACUCAUAGCAGUUUCAGCCCUUGAGUUGUUCUUGCACGCACCAGUUCGCUCAGCACCCCUUACAGUCUGUAAUUGCUUUAAAGCACACAAAGACGCGGAAUUCAGCAUGGCCCGCGGGUCUUGUCGAGGAAACGUGCCAAGGGCAGCGCCGGUGCUUGCGCUGCUCGCGCUCGCGCUUUCCUCCCAGCUCGCCCCCGCCACCGUGUGGGCCCGCACAUCUGGCUCGCUACACAGCAGCAAUGCCGUUCGGCGUCGCGCUCUGCUCGAAGACAAAGCCCCCCGCGCUGCCCACUCACCGUCUGUUGACAGCUCAUUGGACGGCAAACGCCGCAGUGUCAGCAGUGACAACAGCAGCAAUAGCAGUAGCGACGACGCAAUUCCGCGCAGUAGCACCCACGCCCCCACUUCCCCAGCACCUGCCCAGCAGGGGGGUGGCGGCGCCGACUCGUCGCUGCUGGCGCUGACACGCGUGCGCAGCCCGGCGCCGUACCCUGUACGGCUGGUGGGGCAGCUGAGGAACGGCUGUACGGCAUUCCUGGCGGGGCCGUGCCACGUGGUAACCGUGGCACACUGCGUGUACGACCCGGAGCGACGCAUCUGGUGGCCGGGUCUGGAGUUCAGCGCAGGCCGCAACGGCGCGGGAGACUGGGACCCGGAGGGCAGCGUGACGUGGCGGGCCGCCGAGGUGCCCGACGGCUGGAAGCGGCGAGGCCGGAGCGGUGGCGGCGGCGGCGGCGGCGGCGGCGGUAGCGGUGACGGCAGUGUUGAUGGUGAAGGCGGCGCGUCGGCAGCAGCGGAGUCAUCUGCAGCAGCAAAGGCGGAGCGGUAUGAUGUGGCGGUGGUGGUGCUGGCAGAGCCGCUGGGCCGGCGGCUGGGCUGGAUGGACGUGGGCUGUGGCGGCGGCGGCAGCGGCGGCAGCGGCGGCAGCGGCAGCGACAGCGGCAGUGAUGGCGGCAGUGGCGGCGGAUGUGCGCCUGGGCCGUCGUCAGCAGGGCCUAGCAGGGGAGGAGGCGGCACGGCAUGGGUCCAGGUUGCCGGCUACCCCGACAACCGACCCAACGGCACGCUGUGGACGCAGCGCUGCCGCCUGCGCACACCGCGCCCGCCACCGCCGCCCGGCCCCGCACUGCUGCCGGGCACCUCGCCGGCGCCUGCGGCGGACGAAGGCGCAGCGACCAACAGCAGCAGCAGCCUAGAGCCGCUGAUGCUGACUACCUACCACGACUGCGACACACGCGGCGGCAACUCCGGCUCGCCGCUCUGGGCUGUGCCUGCGCCUGAUGGGCACUCCUUUCCCAGCUUCGAGCGGCGCCGGCCCCGCGUCCUCGCUAUGCAUGUGGCCGGCGAGAGUCGCAGGCGCUGGGACGGCGGCGGCCGCCUGACUGCCAGCAGCGACCGCGGCGUUGCCGUCAGCUUCGUGGCAGCUGCCGGCGGCGGCGGCGGCGGCGGCGGCGGCGGCGGCGGAGGCAGUGGGGCCGUGGAGCGCGGGGAGACGGCAGCAACAGGGGAGGGGGAGCGCUGGCUGGACGCGGGUGCAGCGGCCUGGGUCCGGGCGGCAAUCGCGCGGCACGGCGACUGCUGAUGAACGCCUGAAACCGUACGUACUGUGACCGGAUGCUAAUGAGCAUGGGAGAUGCUUUAAGACUGACAAUGCGAAGUCGAGGAAGCACUCGAGCGUGGCAGUCACUGACAGAUCAAAGGGGCGCGGCUGCGGCCGGGUGGCGGGCCGUGGGACUGCGUUCCCUGUGCUACGUACGCUGUGUGCGUGCGCGUGGGGAACACUGUGCAUGAGUGCUGAUGCGUGCUGCGUGUUGCAGCGCGUUGAUGGCGGCCGUGACGACUGGGCGAGGGUAGAUGUGCUGCGCUAGUCUUGCUAGGACGCGAUGCGUGGGAUAAGGAUGUAAGACAGUGAGACG